AAGAUUUCAGGUUUGAGCAAUGAGGCCCAAGCUUGUGGCAGCAGCAGUCCUCACCAGCCUUCUUGCUCUUGCAAUACUUGCAAGCUGCAGUACUGAAGGUGACAUACUGUACAAGCAAAGGUUGGCAUGGAAGGACCCAAACAAUGUGCUGCAGAGCUGGGAUCCGACCCUUGCCAAUCCCUGCAUCUGGUUUCAUGUUACUUGCAACAUGAAUAACUCCGUUGUCCGGGUAGACUUGGGCAACGCAGGAAUCUCAGGGCCUCUGCUUCCAGAUCUUGGAGGACUUGUGAACCUCCAGUACCUUGAGUUGUAUGGCAAUAGCCUGAUCGGUCCAAUACCAGCAAUACUAGGCAACCUGACUAAUCUUAUCAGCCUGGAUCUUUGGGACAAUCUGCUUACCGGCCCAAUACCAACUUCGCUUGGCACCAUCAGCACGCUGCGAUUUCUGAGGUUGUACCAGAACAACCUGACAGGGUCUAUGCCGCCAUCAUUGGGCAGUCUGACGAGCCUUCAGGAACUGAAACUUGAAAAGAAUGCAUUCAGUGGCUCUAUUCCAUCCUCUCUUGGCAAUCUCAAAACAUUGCGGUUCCUGAGGUUGAACGAGAAUAUGCUGACUGGCACUGUUCCAUUGGAAGUCCUCUCCCUUGCCAUUGUUGGGAACUUGACAGAGCUAAAUAUUGCAAGGAACAACCUGGACGGCACAGUGAGGUCAUCAGAACUAAGAGUGACUGAGAUUAUCCAAGACGAGCUGAAGACCACAUGAUGAGUCCCAGGAUCAAGACUUUGUUCUGCUUCAUGAUACUGCCAGAAAUUUAUGAAUAAAUGCAAUGGGAUAAACAAUUGUCUAGACUCUAGAGUUUAGACAUCUUGUACUAGAAUUUGUGUACCAAAUUAAGUUGAAUUUGCGAGGACAUGAUUGA